AUGGCCAAAAGAUUUGAGAUAAGUGACAAUCUGGGCGUUCGUCUUCUUUUCACUCUUGGGGCCUCUGAGGAUAAGUCAUUCGAUGAAUUAGUGAAGAAGGAAUCUUUGCGCUACCAUGACAUUAUUCGACAAAACUUUCACGAUACGUACUAUAAUCUGACUUGGAAAGGAAUUAUGGCGGUACGAUUUGUAAACGAGUACUGCUAUAACGUGAAAUACAUUCUCAUUACUAACGAUGAUAUAAUAAUGAAUCUUUGGAAGGUAAUAGGGACUCUGUCGAUUUACUCCGAGAUUGGAAAGCCGAGGGAAGAGUUGGAACGCACAGUAUUUUGUUACGUUGUACAUCACGCAAGGGUAAAUCGUAACCCAAAAAGUAAAUGGUAUGCUAGCAGAAUAGAAUUUCCAAAUGACUAUUACAACGACUAUUGUUCUGGUGUAGCAGUGAUUAUUCCUAGUCAAUUAAUAAGCAAUAUGUUUAAAGCUUCUAAAAAUGCCCCGUAUUAUAAAAUUGAUGACUAUUUUAUGACUGGAGUGUUGGCAACCAAAGCCGGAGCAAAAUUUAAUGAUAUUUCAACUAAAAUAUUGGAUCACGCAUUUAGGAAAAAUCGAUCGGCUUUUUUAAGCAGAAGAAUUCUUUUUCAACCAACCGAAACUGUUGAGCAAGCAGAAGUUAUGUGGAACAACUUGAAACGCAAUUAUGAUACGAGACAGAAACAGCAAAAACGAAAUACCAAGACGAUGCAUUUCUGA